AUGAUAGAUAAGAUGUUACAUCGUUUCUACAAUUUUCGGCGAUGCAACGAAAGGGCCAUUUUCAUUCCAUCCACAAUUAUCGUGCAAGGACAGCUUAUUAGUUGUCCAGAAAUAGUGCAUAAAUCGAAGCCCUGUCCACAGGCAUAUCAGGGUGUUGAUCUCUCAGUUAUCAAUGAUCUCGCAAUCACAUUUUAUUACGAUAUCGAGCCAGUACCAUUACUUCGGACUGAUCUGCCCGAAUUUCUGUACCGUGCUGAUGUACCAUCGGAAGUAACAGUGAGUGCGGAUGGCUCAGUGGAUGGUGUGCUAUUCUGGUUCAAAUCUGUUUACGGAAAAUACUCGUACAGCGCAUACGAGCACUCAACUUAUGCUCGUUGCGCCGUGUUUUUAUUCGAUAAAAGCCGUAAGAUGUCAACG